ACGGGCUGUGUGGACACGCCCACCCCGAAAGGGCGGGACGUGCUAGCCUGCGACGAGGCUCGUGCCCCGAGCGAGUCUACGGGGCGCGACGAAGGUCAAAAAAUCACCCUCCUCCCUGCCUUUCGCCUCCUCCUCGCCUCUUUCUUCUGGCCACUUCUCUCAGGAGGGCUCCAGGCUCUCGGCGCGCACACGGCCCGAGGGGCGUGGCCAAGGGGCGGUGACGUCGCGGGCGCCGCCAGGGGCGGAGCUUGCUGCGCGUUCGUUCGGUCCCUCGCGUGCGGCGGGGUCGCCUUUGUCCGUUUGACUGACUGAGACCGACUGAGGUGAUGUUGGCGGCCGGGAAGAAGGUGGCGGCGGCGGCGGCGGCGGCAGCGGCAGCAGCAGAGGGUCCGGUGGGUGGCGGCGCCGGGGGCGACGGCACCUCCGAAGCUCCCGCGCCGCCUCCGCCCCCUCCUCCGCCGCCCCCUCCGCCGCCGCCGGCCCUCUCGGGCUCCGCGGAGGGCGGCGCAGCCGCAGGGGCUUCGGAGCGCACGCCCCGGAAGAAGGAGCCUCUGCGCGCUUCGCCGCCCGGGGGCCUGGCCGAGCCGCCUCCCCCGCCGCCGCCUCCCGCCGGGCCCGGGCCUGCAGUGGGCUCCGAGACCACUGGCAUCGCCGAGACCCCCGAGGGCCGCAGGACCAGCCGCCGGAAGCGGGCCAAGGUGGAGUACAGAGAAAUGGAUGAGAGCCUUGCUAACCUCUCUGAAGAUGAAUAUUACUCUGAAGAGGAGAGGAAUGCUAAAGCAGAGAAAGAGAAGAAACUGCCACCGCCACCUCCCCCCCCACCUCCUGAGGAAGAGAACGAGAGUGAGCCAGAAGAACCAUCUGGACAAGCAGGAGGACUUCAAGACGACAGUUCUGGAGGGUAUGGAGACUGCCAAGCAUCAGGUGUGGAGGGUGCAGCUUUCCAGAGCAGACUUCCACAUGACCGGAUGACUUCGCAAGAAGCGGCUUGUUUUCCAGACAUCAUUGGUGGGCCACAAACAACUCAGAAGGUGUUUCUUUACAUCAGAAACCGAACGUUGCAGCUUUGGUUGGAUAACCCAAAGGUUCAGCUGACAUUUGAGGCAACACUACAACAGUUGGAAGUGCCUUAUAAUAGUGACACUGUGCUUGUUCACCGAGUACAUAGCUAUCUAGAGCGGCAUGGCUUGAUCAAUUUUGGCAUCUACAAAAGAGUGAAGCCUUUACCAACUAAGAAGACUGGCAAGGUGAUCAUCAUUGGUUCAGGGGUCUCUGGCUUGGCAGCUGCUCGCCAACUGCAAAGUUUUGGAAUGGAUGUCACACUCCUAGAAGCAAGGGAUCGUGUGGGAGGUCGAGUUGCCACAUUUCGCAAAGGAAACUAUGUUGCUGAUCUGGGAGCCAUGGUGGUGACAGGACUUGGAGGAAACCCAAUGGCCGUGGUGAGCAAGCAAGUAAACAUGGAAUUGGCCAAGAUAAAACAAAAAUGUCCACUCUAUGAAGCCAAUGGACAAGCAGUUCCCAAGGAGAAAGACGAAAUGGUGGAACAAGAGUUUAAUCGUUUACUAGAAGCCACCUCCUACCUCAGCCACCAGCUGGACUUCAAUGUCCUUAAUAACAAACCUGUCUCCCUGGGCCAGGCUCUAGAAGUCGUUAUUCAAUUACAGGAGAAGCAUGUGAAAGAUGAACAGAUUGAACACUGGAAGAAAAUUGUGAAAACCCAAGAGGAGCUGAAAGAUCUUCUUAAUAAGAUGGUGAAUUUAAAAGAGAAGAUAAGGGAGCUCCACCAACAAUACAAAGAGGCUUCUGAAGUUAAACCACCUCGGGAUAUUACUGCUGAAUUCCUUGUGAAGAGUAAGCAUAGAGAUCUUACUGCUCUCUGCAAGGAGUAUGAUGAAUUGGCAGAAACGCAAGGAAAACUGGAAGAGAAACUUCAGGAACUUGAAGCCAAUCCUCCAAGUGAUGUUUACUUAUCAUCGAGGGACAGGCAAAUUCUUGACUGGCAUUUUGCAAAUCUAGAGUUUGCGAACGCCACUCCACUCUCCACCCUGUCUCUGAAGCACUGGGACCAGGAUGAUGAUUUUGAGUUCACAGGCAGUCACUUGACUGUGCGAAAUGGCUACUCCUGUGUGCCUGUGGCUCUAGCUGAAGGAUUAGACAUUAAACUAAACACAGCCGUCCGACAGGUUCGCUACACAGCUUCAGGCUGUGAAGUGAUCGCUGUCAACACCCGCUCCACUAGCCAGACAUUUAUUUAUAAGUGUGACGCUGUGCUGUGCACCCUUCCCUUGGGCGUUUUGAAGCAGCAGCCUCCUGCAGUCCAGUUUGUUCCUCCUCUUCCCGAGUGGAAGACAUCUGCCGUGCAGAGAAUGGGAUUUGGAAACCUGAACAAGGUUGUGCUCUGUUUUGAUCGUGUGUUUUGGGACCCAAGUGUUAAUUUGUUUGGUCACGUCGGCAGCACGACGGCCAGCAGAGGAGAGCUUUUCUUGUUCUGGAACCUUUACAAAGCACCCAUUCUUCUGGCCUUGGUAGCAGGAGAAGCCGCGGGAAUCAUGGAGAACAUCAGUGACGAUGUCAUUGUUGGGCGCUGCCUUGCUAUCCUCAAAGGCAUUUUUGGCAGCAGUGCUGUCCCUCAGCCCAAGGAGACAGUGGUGUCCCGCUGGCGGGCUGACCCUUGGGCCCGGGGAUCCUACUCCUAUGUAGCAGCUGGAUCUUCAGGAAACGAUUAUGACUUGAUGGCUCAGCCAAUCACUCCAGGGCCAGCCAUUCCAGGAGCUCCUCAGCCAAUUCCUCGGCUUUUCUUUGCGGGAGAACAUACGAUUCGCAACUACCCAGCAACUGUUCACGGAGCUCUUCUAAGUGGACUGAGAGAAGCUGGGCGCAUUGCAGACCAAUUUCUCGGUGCCAUGUAUACUCUGACUCGCCAGCCCACUCCUGGAGCACCGGCACAGCAGGCUCCAGCUCUGUAAAGAUGCAAGCUGCUAGAAUCGGUGCAUUGGGCUCAGAAUGCCUUGGGCGGACCUGUGGUUCGAAGCAAGCCGUCUUCCUGGUCUGUAGUGCUGCCAGCUAGAAGGCUGAACCAGGAGUCGGAAGUCUCACCGCCACGGAAUGGCCUUCCAGCACAACACUUGAGAACAUCGCUCUCAACUGCCAGGCCAGCCCGGGCUCCCUGGAGUGGUGCUGGUGCUCCUCAGAAUACAGACUCCUGGUCUCUUUUGUGUGGGAUCUACUUUGGUACAGAUGUGUCUUUGGGUUCAGGGUCUUCCCAAGUUUUAGAACUCUGUAAGUUAGCUGCUGUUAGUCAUUAAGGUAAGAUUGAUUCAUGUGGAUAUUGCUUUGGAAAGCAAAAUAAAGCUUUCCUUUUUUCUAAAAAAAAA